AUUUGAGCUAGAUCGGCAAAUGGCGGCGGCGUUCCGACACGCGGCGAGGAGGCUGUAUGGUAGCGUCGCGCCGCGGCAGACGCAGGAGGCCGUCUCUCGGCUCUCGCCGGCGGCCGAGCAGCUCGCGCAUCGCCGGCUCUCGCCGCUUUUCACCCACACCACCGAGGCCGGGCAGCCUUACAUUAGCUGCGGGAAGCAGGACAAGCACGGCACGCUGAAGCUGAUCGAGAAGAAGAAGGAGGAGCUGUACGAUCUGAUGGCCGAGGCGCACAUGACGUACGGGACGGACCAGAACUCUAGGGCAUCCCUGAUGAACCAGCAGCUGUUGCAGUAUCUCUCCGGACACGUCAAGCCCAGACCCGACGACCGCACUUGGAGGUGGUAUCGAGACUCAAAAGCAAUAGGCGACUACGUAGAGAAGAUUGGUGUGGUGACAUUAUGCGCUGUGUGGAUGGAUAUCAUGUGGAUGGCGUUGGUCCGGUUGUGCUCCCUCUAGUCUAGCUACAAAGAUCCAAGUUCGUUAA